UAAAUAUGAAAAGGCAACAAAACUCUUACAUGGUCAAAGAAAAAAGUAAAGUUAUAGAAUUGGCACAUCGUACUUCAAAUAAAUUUGCUGCUUACCACUAUUCUCUUGAUUUAACGAUGAUAAUGGAGCUUCUUAAAGAUGGUUUCGCAGUUAAUCAUUCUAGUAUUAAAACGAAAAUGGUUGAAAUUAUGAGAUCAAGUGCAAGACUAGCUCAAGAUAAGGCAGAGAAGUUAGCAAUUGCUAAUUUUAAGUUUUCAUAG